AACCAUCAUUGCUAUCACUUCAAACACGCUGGUUCGUGUUCACGACAAGAUGAAUGCUCCAUCUCCUUCCUCCUCGAUGGUACAGUUGGAACACUGGUCUAAUGUGCUAGCACCUUUGAACGAAGUGGAAAGGGCAAGCGUGAAUGCAUUGGCAGACUAUAUUGGAUCAAAUAAUCGACCAAACCAACUAUUAUCUUCAAAGCAAAAUGCUAAGCAGAACGUCGAAAAUGGCAUUCAGCUCGAAUCCCACUCUGUACCAUCCCAGCUAGCAACAACAUCACAGUCAGCAGAGAUCGAUGAGGCAGGAAGUGAAGACAGAACACAGUCGAUACCAUCACUACCUACAGCACCACUCAUAGAUGCACCCUCAUACCUUUCCUGGUAUGCCAAACAGCAAGCUUUUAUCGCUUCUUCCACACAAUCAGGGCACUCUAGAGCGCUACAAGAGAUAUCUCGGACAGCAGAUGAAGCAGACACACUGUUAGACCAUCUUGAGGCAGCAAGGGUGCAUAUUGCUGAAUUACGGGCAGGUGCACAAAUGGUAGAAGAAGGCACAGAAGGAUUACGAGAAGAUGCUGAAUCGAUGGUAGAACGAAUUGAUCAUUUAGCAAACGUUGCAGAUGCACUAUCAAUUCGAUUAACCUAUUUUGCAAUCUUGCCUUCUGCCACUUCUUUCCUUUCUUCGCCUUCGCUUGAACUUGUCAAAACGGGUGAAUUUAUGUUGACAUUAGAUCGUCUUGAUGUCGCUUUGGCAUUCAUAGGGGCUCAUCCGCACUACAAAGAUGCGCCUCUGUAUAAGAUGCGGUUUGAGCAUUGCAUCGUUCGUGCAGGUACCCUGAUAAGGAUGUUCGUUGUUGGUCGCCUCAAGGAGUUGAACAAUGAAAUCUCUCAAAAGUUGAAAGAAUGGGAAAAGUCAAAAACAGAAUCAAGCGGUAAAGGUAAAGAGAAGGAGUUCGAUCCAGAUCAUCAUGUGAUGAUGAAUUUCGCGGAUCCAAGUAUAUAUGCAUUAUUGUUCGAACGGUAUGAAAAGGAAAGCGCAGAAUUGCAGCCUAUUUUGCAUGAAUUGGAGAAACGUGCUUCUCUAAAAGCGCCGCCAGCAACGACUGAUAUCGAAAAAGUGGACAGUACGAUUAGUAAAGGUAAGCAAUCAGCUAAGGGUGUAAAUGAGAAAGGGGACAAUGAUACAUCCAACGUCAACGAAGAGGAAAGAUCAGAGGUAUUCCGUGCGCCAGAAUUCUCUGCUUUGCUUGAAGAAUGUAGGGCCGCUUACUUUGAUGGUAGGCGGGCAUUGUUGAGCAGUAUGAUUGCGAAUUGUAUUGCACGUAUCGAGGUAAUGGCUCUCCAUCCCUCAAAUCAAGGUGAAGAAACAGCCGGACAAGCGGCAACAUCUUCCAACGCAACGACCAGAUUAGUUGAGCGAGGAAUGUCAUUCUUGACUGCAAUCAAUCAAGCUGAAGCUUCAUUAUAUGCACAAUUUUUUGCAAUUGAUGACAAUCAUCUUUCACAGCUUAAAGAAGCACCGAACAUGGACAAUUCAUUUUCGAAUGAGGCUGACAGUGCUUCGGUCAAAGCAUUACACUCUCACUUACGUACACUUUCAGCACCACUUGAUGAUCGAAUCAAGCCAAGGAUGGCAAACGAAGGAGGAUUAGCAGGUUUACCUGCAGCCACAUUACGAUCUAUAGAGGCUUGGCGAGAUUACUUUGUUGGCUUUUUGGGUUGAUUUGAAUGAAAUCUUG